AUGAAAUUCCUCUUUUUACUUUCCAAGUCCUGGCACAUCACCAACAUAGCGCCUAUGCACCAACUCUCAUGUGUGCAGACGAAGAGGAAGAUCGGUUCUAUGACGACUUCGACCAGAUCAUUAAGCAAACGCCACUCAGUGACAAGCUGGUCAUCCUAUGAGAUUUUAACGCUAGGGAGGGAAAACAACUAUAUAUAUACUAUAAAAACUGGGUUGGACUCCUUGGAAGGCACGGAGUAGGAAAACUGAACAGCAACGGACUAUUGCUCCCGAGCAAGUGUGCACAGUACAACCUGUGCAUCACAAACAGGAUAUUCCAACUUGCAGACAAGUACAAAACCACUUGGAUGCACCCCAGGUCCAAACAUGGGCACAUGAUUGAUUUGGUCAUUGUACGCCAGAGCCACCUACAGGAUGUCACGAUCACACGAGCAAUUCGAGCAGCAGAAUAUCACCAACAAUGUCAAAGCUGUGCUAGGACCAAAAACCUGGUCACACCAAAACUGGUUCGACGAGAAUCAUGAAUCCAUCUCGGCACCACUGGAUGCCAAGAACAAAGCAAAUGCUGAGUGGCAGAGAGACCAAUCAUCUACAUCAAAGAAUGAAAAAAUUCAAAGACCUAAAGUCCAAAGUGCAGACAGAACUCAGGAAAAUGCAAGACCUCUGGUGGCAGAGGAAGGCAGCACUAUUCAGACAUCUACAACACAAAACAGUUCUUCAAUGCCAUAA